UAAUUAACUUUUGGAAUAGGGAAAAAAAUAUAUACAACAAAACUCCUCGUUUGUGGGACAUGCGCAUUCGUUCUCAGAUUUUUUUAGUUUUGAAAGUGAGCAUGCGCAUAUUGAGGAGGCGGGUCCUUGGAAGUUUGAAAGCGGCAGAAGCGGCUAGUUGGAGGCUGUAGGUGAACCAGGUUAAUGGUUCUUCACUUUUUUAAGGAAAUAGACAUAGAUUGUGGCUCAGCAUGUCAAUAGUGACAGUGCAGCUUGGUCAGUGUGGCAAUCAGAUUGGUUUUGAAGUGUUUGAUACCUUAUUCAGUGACUCACACAGUUCCCAGGGUCUGUGCUCUAAGAGAGAGAAUGAGGCUUAUCGAGCAUCUUGCAAAGAAAGAUUCUUCAGUGAGGAGGAAAAUGGAGUUCCUAUUGCCCGAGCUGUACUUGUUGACAUGGAGCCUAAAGUUAUCAAUCAAACGCUGUCAAAGGCUGCCCGGUCUGGCCGAUGGAAAUAUGGCCAGCAUGCAUACUUCUGUCAAAAACAAGGUUCUGGAAACAACUGGGCAUAUGGUUACUCUGUCCACGGACCCAAGCAUAAAGACUCUAUAAUGGACCUAAUCCAGAAGGAAGUAGAGAAAUGUGACUCUUUGACUGGUUUUUUUAUCAUAAUGAGUAUUGCUGGGGGUACAGGAUCCGGGAUAGGAGCCUUUGUUACACAGAAUUUACAAGAUCAUUACCCAAACUCUUUGAAAAUGAAUCAGAUUAUAUGGCCUUAUGGAACUGGUGAGGUUAUUGUUCAGAACUACAAGUCCAUUUUGACUCUUUCUCACUUGUACCGAUCUUCAGAUGCCCUGCUCGUUCAUGAGAAUGAUGCUGUCCAUAAAAUAUGUGCAAAACUAAUGAAUAUCAGGCCAAUCUCCUUCAGUGAUAUAAAUCAAGUCCUUGCACAUCAGCUGGGAAGUGUGUUCCAGCCUACUUACUCUGCAGAAGGCUCAUCUCACUGCCGAAGAAAUCCACUGGGUAUUUUUCUCCCUGUGUGUUGUUUGUAG